AUGGAAAUUUUUGUUCAUUUUUAUCCUGCUGAACUGAAAUUGGGUGAAUUUGAUUCUGGGGUUGAUUUGACUGUCCCCAUUUCAAGAAAUAUGCAUUUGAAUGAUGGGUUGUGGUUUGAGAUUGAAAAUUCAACAGAUGUACCGUCAAAGGAUUUCAAGAUUCCCCCAAAAGUGUAUAGGGCUGUAUUGGAAGUUUGUGUUUCAUUUCAUGAGAAUGAUGAGUCUUGGUAUGGGAAUCCACCUAAUGAGUAUAUAAGUUCGAAUAAUCUUACUAUCACGGGGAAUGGAGCUUUUAGGAAGGUGGUGGUUAGUUUGGAUGAAAUGGUAGUUAGUGUAGUUUGGCCUUUUACUGGUGGUGCUAAUCCCCUCUUUUGGAGACUGAUUAGUGGAAUUGGCUCGUUUGACCUUCCUUCUUAUGACAUUGAAAUUACCCCGUUGUUAGGAAUGAUUUUAGAUGGAAGUAAUCAUAAGAUUUCAUUUGGAGUUGCGGAUACUCUGAACGUGUGCAAAUCUAUCUCAUUGACUGGAAUGGUAAAGUCAUCUUAUGGAACUAUCACUACUAAUUCGUCUCAAAGUCUACACUAUAUGGUAAUGGGAAAUGAAGGGAACUUGAAAAUAGUGGAUCAGAUAAUAGAAUUCAAUGAUAUUGUUGAUGCCAUAACGCCAUCUUCUUCUGUUCACUCGCUUGAGUCCUUCAAAAAGUAUCCGUUCCAGUGGUGUACUGACAAUGUAGAUCAAGGAAACCAAAGCUAUGCCUCGAUAUCAAACUUGACAUUGGGAUUAGAGGACAAGAGGGUAAAGGGUUCCAAGUAUGGAUCCUCAGUCAGCUCUGUUAAUAAUUUGCAGAACGUGCAGGGCUAUAUGAUUGUAAAGGGCCAGUUACUAGUCAAAGGACUUGGAAGUACGCAACAAGUAUAUAAUUAUAACGAUGAUUCGUGCUGCUACUCCAGGAACAUAAGCAGCUCAAAUUACGCGAUACUUUAUGAUAAGGUAAGCAAUAGCUGCAGCAAUAGUACUUGGUCUCGUUGGCAUUUGAGGAUUGCAAAAGGCGGUCUCUUCCUGGUUGAAGAGUCUUUUUUGCAAUCUCGUCUUGACUUUUCCGAAUUUCACUGUCUUUCACUCAUUUGCUGCUGGAGCUACUCUAUGUGGUCGAAGUAG